AUGGCAAAUUUGAGCCAUCCUUCUGAAUUUAUCCUCUUGGGCUUCUCCCCUCUUGGCGAACUGCAGAUCCUGCUCUAUGGGCCCUUCCUUGUGCUUUAUCUUCUCGCCUUCAUAGGAAACACAGUCAUCAUCGUCAUGGUCUUUGUUGACACCCACCUCCACACGCCCAUGUACUUCUUCCUCGGCAACUUUUCCCUGCUGGAGAUCCUGGUGACCAUGACUGCCGUGCCCAGGAUGCUCUCUGACCUGCUGGCCUCCCACAGGGUCAUCUCCACUGGCUGCAUGGUCCAGUUCUACUUCUACUUCUCCCUGGGCUCCACCUCCUUCCUCAUCCUGUCCGACAUGGCCCUGGACCGCUUUGUGGCCAUCUGCCACCCGCUGCGCUAUGGCACUUUGAUGAGCGGGGCUGUGUGUGCCCGGCUAGCAGGGGCUGCCUGGGCAACUCCUUUCCUGGCCAUGGUGCCCACUGUCCUGUCCCGGGUUCAUCUCAGUUAUUGCCAUGGCAACAUCAUUAACCACUUCUUCUGUGACAACGCACCUCUGCUGCAGCUGUCCUGCUCAGACACCAGGCUGCUGGAAUCCUGGGACUUUGUGAUGGCCUUGGCCUUCGUCCUCAGCUCCUUCCUGGUGACCCUCAUCUCCUACGGCUACAUCGUGAGCACCGUGCUACAUAUCCCCUCUGCCAGCGGCCGCCGGAAGGCCUUCUCCACGUGUGGCUCUCACCUCACCCUGGUCUUCAUUGGCUACAGCAGCACCAUCUUCCUCUAUGUCCUGCCUGGCAAAGCACACUCUGUGGAGGUCAACAAGACUGUGGCCCUGGUGACGUCCAUCCUCACCCCCUUCCUCAACCCCUUUAUCCUCACCCUCCGCAACGAGACAUUCAAGGCUGUGCUACGAGGCCAGAUGCAGAGGCUGAAAGGCCUCCUCCAGGCAUUGUGA